AUGGCACUGAGCGACUGCGCCUCUGAGAAAGGGAUCCGAGACAAGGCGCGGCGGACCAUCGCGGAAAAGACAAGACGAGUUGGCGUCUCCACCGGCCUUUCCCUGGAGUUAUGUACUGUCCCCGCCUCCCUGGGCUCCUCGGUCGCCACCGCUGCGCUGGAGCAGCUCUUAGUCGUGGAACAAUCGCUGCAGAGUGACUAUUUUAAAUGUGAUGAAGAAACUAGAAACUUUCUUAAGGGCAUUGCUGUAGCUGUUCAGAAAUUGGAAGAAAUGAGAAGAGCCACAAUUGAUAUUCUAGAAAUUGAAACCAUGGAACUGAGCAGACUAUACUUUCUAUUGGAAACUCUUCCCAGUUGCUUUACCAGAGAACUGGAAGAGUGUGUCAGAGAUGCUCGCAAAUUAAAUCUUUUUGAGAUAAGCCAGUUACAUAAGGGAGUUACAAACAUCGAUUCUGACAUAGCAUUUCUGAAGAAAAUAAUACUUGAAUUGAAAGCAAAUAAUGAAGCUCUGGGGAAAAAGCAAGAGACGUUACAGAAGGAGCAUGAAAAGUUUGUUCUUUCACUCAACCACACGAUGGAAAACAAAGCUGCUGCAACUAUUUACAUAAAUGAGAUUUAUGCCAAGAUAAACUUGGAGAAAGAAGAACUUGAAUUGCAGAAAAAAUGCAUUGAAGAGGCCGAGGAGAAAAUGGAAAAAGACAGAAAGGAAUAUUUGUUAAGAAAACAAAACUUGAGUUUACAGAUUGAUGAAUUUAAAAAAGUCUACGAAAGUAAAAAAAUGGUGACUUUCGGGAAGAAGAAAGAAUUGGAUAAAUUAAUAAUAAGAAGGUCAGAAAUAAAACAAACUGUUACUUCUACCACAGUGGUUCUUAGUGAUCACAAUUUAGAGAUAGCACAACUACACGGAUCAAUAAGGGACUGGGAAAUAAAGGUCGAAGAAUUGAAGAAAAUCUGUGAGAUCUUGGAGGGUAAAGUACUUUUUUUUUCAAGUCAUAAGGAGAAACUGAAUGAUGUAUCUAGUUAUGAAAAAGAGGAAUUUACACAGAAAAUAAAACAGGUGUCUGAAAAACUGUACAAAACUCGUAUAGAGAAUAAGGAGCUACGAGACAAACUAACUAUUCUUACCAGACAAUAUAAGAUUGUCCUAAGUGAAGAGGAUGAAAUGUUUUUAAGGAAACAAAAGAUCCAGGAUGAAAAUCAGAAACAACUGGAAUUUAUUGCUCAAAAAGAAACCUUCCUAGCACAAAGAAAAGUAGACAUCAAAAACAUGGAGGAAGGACUCACCACACUGCAAGAACUUAUUGAAACAACACGGGAAAUAUAUCAGAAGCAAAUAAAAAACCUGGCUGAUAAUCUGGAAAGAGAGAGUCAGAGAUGUAUUAUAACUCAGUGGAAAAUGGCUUGUUUGCUAAAAAAGCAUAAGCGUUGGGUGGACAUGAUGAAGGCUGAAAUACAACAACUUACUAAUACAAUUGAGGUUUUACAAUGUAGAAGACAUGAAUUAUGUGAAGAGACCAGUUACAGAGAAGAACAGAUCAAUACAUUUGUGGCACAGAUUGAAAAACUUACAAUGGAAUUAAAACAAGAAGAGGAGGAAUUUGUUUACAAGGAAAAACAGCUAAUUGAUGAGAUAAACAACUAUGAGGAUCAAUUUUCCAAGGAAGUAAAAAUUAACAAAAAAAAGGAAGAAGAGCUAGAUGAGUGUCUUCCACAACUUCAUGAGGCAGAAGAAAUAUAUUUGGAAAAACACAGAAGGUUAGAAGAGCUUCUUAAAAUUAUUGCAGCACAAAAGCAUGAGGAGACUCUACUGAACAAUAAUAUUGCUCAGUUGACAAGAGAUUUUUCAAGAUACGUUCGCCCCCUGGAUAAACUGAAGCAAGAUAUAAAAUACUUUCGAGAGCAAGAAAGCAUUCAAAUCAAAAAUCAUUUUGAAAUUCUAAGGAACUUAGAAAAUGAAAUCUAUACACAUGACGAGAAAACAGAACUUUUACUCAAGGAAAAUGAAAGAUUAAAAGCAUAUAUUUCAUACCUGAGGAAAAAAACAGAGGAAUACGCCAGGAAAAAAGAAAGCCUCACCCACAUCUCAAGUGCCCUGGCUUGGAAGUUAAGAACUAAGCAGAGACAAUAUAUGGACUUGUGGGCUGAAUUUCAGGCCUCCGCUAAGGAAUUUGUGAAUGAUGGUAAAGAGACAAUGCAAGAAAUAACCAGUUUGGUAGAAAAGCUGUGUGAAAGAGAUGAAAAAAUUGAGCUUAUCCGUAGUUGGCUACAGGGGAAUCUUGACGAGCUGCGCUCCCUCAGAGAGAACAGCUCACAAAUGAAUGGCGGUUCUAGCGCAUGUUUCACUAUUAACUCUAAACUAUAUUCAACAGUUAUUUAUUGA